AUGGGCAUUCAUCGCCACGUCGGUGGUAGUUUGAAACAAGCCAACAAGAAACACAAAGGCGAAAAAAAGCAUGUUACAGGUACGAAGACUCCUGGGAGACUCGGUGUUACAAAUAAACACGUGUCUAAGAAAGCUAGGAGGCAACACGCAAAGCAACAGCGCUUGGUUAAGAACAAAAGGGUAUCUGUGGCUCAAAAACAGGUGGAACAACCGCUUAUGUGCCUACUAUUGCCAUUAUGUGAUUUGGUGGACGUGACAUUGGCGCAAGUGAUGCUAUCAAAAGGCGACCCCAACUCAUUGAUGCAUGAACUUCCCAAAAUACAACUGCAAAAAAAUUCAUAUAAGGCUAGCUAUCUUUACAAUCCUGCUCUGAGGAAGGCCUUUUGCUUGGUUAAUGGUAAAUAUAAUGAUUUGUUUGGGAGCCUUGAUCUUGCACGGCUGUCGGACUGGAUCAUUUUUGUUCUCCCUGGCGAAAUUUCAAAAAUUGACCCUGAUAGCUAUUCAGAACUAUUGUCAGUGCUUUACUCACAGGGUAUGCCGCCCUCGGUAUUUGUUGUAAUGUCGAAUCUCUCCGACAGGAAUGAAAUAUUAUCAGUGCUUCAGUCAAAGUUCCCAGUCAGUGAUGGGAAAAUCCGCCUUCUCAAUUCGAACCAUGAUGCUCAAAGCCUUCUUCGAUUUUUUUCACAGUCUCAGAAAAAACCAGUACUUUCUUCCGCUAAAAGCUAUUUGGUGACACCAAAUGCUCUCCAAGUUGGUACUGCCGCUACACGUCUUCGUAGUGGUAUGCUGGUGGAAGCCAUUAAUAUCUAUCCUCAUGAGGAAAAUGAGGGAGAGGUUUAUCUGGGCUUAGAGGGACUUCUUCGUGGCUGGGAUUUGCCACUCUUUGAUGUCGCAACGUCUUUCACGGGUCAGCCACCCACCGGGUGCCCCUAUGUGCACAUCACUGGAUGGGGUGAUUUUCCUGUUCGAGCGGCCACCUGGACUGAGUACACACCAAGACCACGAGUCGCUCAAGCAGCCCCGCAGAUCUUCGAAUGGAGGGCCACGACAAAUUUGAACGAGGGCAUCGGAGAGUCACUUGCGGUUGCUUGGAACGAAAUGAAUUUGGACGACGACGGUGAUGUGGUUGAUACUGAUGAUAGCGAGUAUUCGAACAAGGAAACAGCAGCAAUGUCGAUUGACGAAGAAGACGAGAUCCAAGUUGGUGACGUCCCUUCAGACUCAGACGAAGAGUCAAUCAAUCUUGAUGUGGGUGAGAGUGAAAUCGGGUCAAGCAAAAGCACCCACUUUGAAAAGAAUCAUUCAAUUUCAAAAAAUUACGCCCACAAGCCUAUGACUGUGGCUGAAAAAAUCAAGGCUGCUAAAGUUGAAAUUCAAUUUCCUGAUGAGAUAGAAACACCCUCCAAUGUACCCGCGCGGGAGCGCUUUGCUAAAUACAGAGGCUUACCAAGCUUCAGCAAAUGUACCUGGCCAACUGAAAACGACUCUUCGCUCCCUUACGAGUACAGCAAAAUCUUUAGAUUUGCAAAUUAUUCCCACAAUCGACGGACAGUCAUUAAACACACUUUAAGACAGCUGCGUCAACUCGUUACUGAAAAGUCAACCAAACCACUGUCUAUCCCCUCUGGAUCUAUUGCGAGUCUCACUCUGGGACCCCUCCCUCAAGCUCUCGGGGACUCAAUACUGGAGUUCCACACAAAUCCACAUGAACCCCGACCUCUUACCAUAUGGUCUCUGCUGCCUUAUGAGCACUGCAUGUCUGUCCUUCACUUCACCAUGCAGAAAAGGCAGCCUGAUUGGCGCGACAUCAUUGCGACGGGUGACGGAAGUGAUGUCAAAAAUGUUGGGUUUGAUCCGGACCCAAUUAUGUCGAAGGAACCUAUGCUUUUUCAGGUGGGAAUCCGUCGUUUCAUAGCCUCACCAAUCUAUUCACAAGAAAGCAAGACAACAAGCAGAAAUUCAAAGAUGGAGCGCUUCUUCACAAUCUCCUCCUCACCCAUUGUCGCCACUGUUUACGCACCGGUUGUCUACGCCCCACAGACUGUCCUCCAAUUUCCCAUAGGUCCGUCACAGGAAAGUUCCAAAGUGGUAGUAUGCAGCUUGGUGGCCACUGGCUCCGUUCUUUCUGUUGAUCCGACAAGAGCCAUAGUCAAGCGCAUCCUCCUCUCCGGCCACCCAUACAAAAUCAACAAACGAUCUGCCAUUGUCCGUUAUAUGUUCCACACCCCGGAGGACAUCGACUACUUUAAGCCAAUUCAAAUGUAUACAAAAUCUGGCGCUGUGGGUCACAUCAAGCAGUCGGUAGGCACUCACGGCCUAAUGAAGUGUCUCUUUGACCGUCAACUGAACGCUUCUGACGUCGUCCUCAUGCCCCUCUACAAGCGAGUUUUUCCCAAGGUGACGUUUGACCAACAGGUGACGCCGAAAAUCGUAGACGUGGAUCGUAUCAGCUGGAGCAAAACCGAUCUUGUAAAUUCUCAGUCUAUUCGGGGUAUCCUUAAAUCGAAGGAUCACCAGGACACGCGAAAGCUCACCCACACAGCCAUGCUCACACCAGAUGAGGAAGCCCUGUUCGUUUAA